AUGAGCACGUGUUGUUGGUGUACACCAGGUGGUAUUUCCACCAUUGACUUCCUGCAACACUAUGCAUCUGAGACCCACUCCAGUGAAUUUCGAACAGCUGAUGAAGACCUCUGCUACUGCUUAGAGUGUGUGGCUGAAUACCACAAAGCAAGGGAUGAAUUGCCAUGCUUACAUAAGGUUUUAUGGGAAUUAGAAACCUCACGUCUCAUAAAUCACUUUGAAAAGGCCAUGAAGGCAGAAAUUGGAGACGAUGACGAGUUAUAUAUAGUAGACAACAAUGGAGAGGCACAGCCGUUUGACUUUACUGGCCAAGACUUUGAAAAUAAGCUUCGAGUUCCUCUUCUUGAAAUACUGAAAUAUCCUUAUUUGCUUUUACAUGAGCGUGUUAAUGAAUUAUGCGUUGAAGCACUUUGCCGGAUGGAACAAGCUAACUGCUCCUUUCAGGUUUUUGACAAACAUCCAGGGAUCUAUUUGUUUUUGGUCCAUCCCAAUGAAAUGGUUCGGCGUUGGGCUAUCCUGACCGCAAGAAACUUGGGAAAAGUGGACAGAGAUGAUUAUUAUGACUUAGAGGAGGUUUUGACUUGCCUUUUUAAAGUCAUUGAGUUGGGGCUUUUAGAAAGUCCAGACAUUUAUACUUCUUCUGUCCUUGAGAAGGGUAAACUGAUUCUUCUGCCUUCACACAUGUAUGAUGCUGCCAACUACAAAAACUAUUGGCUAGGUAUUUGCAUGUUGCUGACCAUUCUUGAGGAGCAAGCCAUGGAUUCACUGUUGUUGGGCUCAAACAAACAGAAUGAUUUUAUGCAGUCAAUACUUCACACCAUGGAGAAGCAAUCAGAUGAUGAUAGCGUGGAUCCUUUCUGGCCAGCGUUACACUGUUUCAUGGUGAUUCUGGAUCGCCUUGGAUCUAAGGUCUGGGGUCAACUUAUUGAUCCUAUUGAGGCAUUUCAAACCAUUAUCAACAACGUGAGCUACAAUAAAGAGAUUCAGAAUAUACGGAACAGCUCUGUGAGGACGAGGUUCGAACCGGAGUCAUAUUUGGAUGAUAUGGUGACUUGCAGCCAGAUUGUAUACAAUUAUAACCCUGAAAAGACCAAAAAGGAUUCAGGGUGGAGAUCAGCCAUUUGCCCAGAUUAUUGUCCUAACAUGUAUGAAGAAAUGGAAACAUUAACUAAUGUGCUUCAGUCAGAUAUCGGUCAAGACAUGCGUGUUCAUAACAGCACGUUUCUGUGGUUCAUCCCUUUUGUGCAGUCCCUCAUGGAUCUUAAGGAUCUGGGUGUGGCUUAUAUAGUGGAGGUUAUUCAUCAUCUGCAUUCUGAAGUCAAAGACGUCCUCAACCAGACAGACGCCGUGUGUGACACAGUCACUGAGUUUUUCCUUCUCAUUUUGGUGUCAGUGAUUGAACUGCAUAGAAAUAAAAAGUGUUUGCAUUUGCUGUGGGUUAGUUCCCAGCAGUGGGUGGAAGCCGUCGUAAAAUGUGCCAAGCUUCCCACCACCGCGUUUGCACGGAGUUCUGAGAAGUCAUCUGGAAACUGCUCCAAAGGCACAACAAUGAUAUCAUCUCUGUCAUUGCAUUCAGUGCCAUCUAACUCUGUACAACUUGCUUGUGUGCAGCUGAUCAGAAGUCUCCUUAAAGAAGGCUAUCAGCUUGGGCAGCAGAGUCUUUGUAAGCGAUUCUGGGAUAAGCUCAACUUAUUCCUGCGAGGAAAUCUAUCUUUAGGUUGGCAGUUGACUAGUCAGGAAACCCAUGAGUUACAAACUUGUUUAAAGCAAAUUAUUAGAAACAUAAAAUUCAAAGUACCUCAAUGUAGCACUUCUGUGGCUCUGACUUCUCCAUGUAAAACGCCUCCUGCAUUUUAUAAUAAAGAAGAAAGUGAACAAACAGGGAAGAAGUCUAAAAAAGACAGGCACUGUCUGGAAAACUCCAGCCCAACAUUCUCUAAAGAACCGAUGAAAGCUGAUGCAUGUGAAGUGCAAGAGAGUAUUUUCAGCAAAGCAAAUAAUGCCAUAGAAGAGGAUAAUGAGCAAACUUAUAUAAAAGAUUUGAAACUCAGAGACCAUCUCUCAGCUGAGUUGUGCUUGAAGCCGAGUAGUAAAAGGCUUGUUAAUGAAAGAGCUCGAGGCCAAGUUAAAAUAAGUACAGGGAAGCAUAAGUCUGUAAAAGAGAAUUCCUCAUAUACCCCUCAGAAUUGUACUUCAAGAAAUGGUCCAGAAAAGGUAUUUGACAGAGGAAUAAUAACAUCAACACGUUUGUUGACUGAUUCUAGCAAUGACUCUCUGGAAAAGGUGUCCACAUCAAAUGAGGAUUUCUCUUUAAAGGGUGAUGCUCUUGGCAAAACCUCAAAAGCAAAAACUAAGGCACAUAAAGAUGAAAUCUGUGCUAAGUUAUCACAUGUAAUAAAAAAGCAACGCAGGAAAAGUACCACUUUAGAGGAAAACCUGACUGUAUCUAGCACUGAAAGUUUCCAUUCAAAGAAAGAUACAGGAGGUCAGAAAGGAGAUGGCUUCAUACACAAUCUCUCUUUAGGCCCUAAUGGUAUUCUGGAUGAUAAACAUGGAGAACAAAAAUCUGAAAACAGUUUAUUGCUGAAAAAGAAACAAGUAAACAAGGAACACGAGGUAGGCAUUUUCUCUACCCCUGAACUCAGUUGUCAAAUACUAGAAUGUCAUGUUGGUAAUAAAGAUUUGGUCUCAUUUACAGAAAUGACCAAUAUUUUUGUGGAGAAAGCACCUCCCUUUAAAGAUCCUGUGACUGGACUUGAAUCAAGAGAUAUGGAAAUUAUCAAGAGUACUGCUCAGUUUUCUUCUGAUUUAAGAGAACAGGUCCUUAGCAUCAGUCCUAAGUUUGACACCUUAACAGAUUCUCAGAUCGACAGAGACCUCCACAAAUUAUCUUUAGUAGCUCAAGCCAGUGUUAUUAAGUUCCCAUCAGAUUCAACUCAAAAAAGUUUAUCCCAGCUACAAAGAAAAGUUAAAGAUGAUAGAAGAUGUUUCACAGCCAACCAGAAUAGUGUUAGGGAAACCUGCUGUGGACAGGUCAUUAUUAUUUCAGAUUCUGAUGAAGAAGAUGAUGAUGAUGAUGAAAGAAUUGUGGGUUUUAAGAAACACAUUAAACAGGAUAAAACAUGCAUUGAGAAAGAAUGUCCAGAGCAGCAUACUUCAAUAGCUAACACAAAUGUGGAACAGAAGGUAAUAAAGGAAGAAAAUACAAGGUCCCUUUUGCAGUUUGAGGAAUCUGAUUCUCAGUUUUUUGAGUUUGAAAGUCCAUGUGAAGUGUUUUCAGUUUGGCAAGAUCAGAAACCAGACAACAAGAAUUCAGUUCAAGAGAAUGAAGAAAAUUCAUGCUUGACUCAUGUAGGUGAUAUCACAAAUGAUUGGGGUCAUGGUACAGAUUAUGUAUCUGAGGAGGUCAUUAAAAAAGCAGCAGAGGGCAUUGAGGAACACGCAGAACCACGCAGUAGUAGUAUUUCUGUUGAGAAAUUUUGUGAGAUUGAAGUAAAAAAACCCAAGAGAAAACGAUAUGAGAAAGCUGCUAUGGCUGAAGAUCCUCUGAGGCCUUCAUCUCCUGUCAAAAGUGAGGACCAGUCUGAUAUUCUUAAUGAGAGAGAUGUGACUGAAAAUGAUUUUAAAAGUAUAGACAUAAGGACUACAACUCCCAGUUCAAGCGUUCAGAGAACCACUACGGUUUCCCUGAAGAAAUCUCCACCAAAGCUUCGCACUUAUUCCAAACGUGUUAGGAGAGUCUCACUUUCUAAAACUCCUAAAAAAACACAUUCGGAUACCAAAACAGGGCAGAGUAAAAGUUCAAAUUACAUAAGUUGUAGAACAACUCCUGCUAUAGUGCCACCAAAGAAAUUUCGCCAGUGUCCUGAACCAACUUCAACGGUUGAGAAACUUGGUCUGAAAAAGGCUCCUCGUAGGGCAUUUGAGUUGUCCCAGCGAUCUUUGGAGUGUUUAGCUCAGUUACGUGACCAUGGCAAAACUGUUGGAGCAGUUGAUACCCGGAAAAAGACUAAAUUAAUUUCUCCUCAGACUCUCUCUGUCAGAAAUAAUAAGAAACUGCUGACAAGUCAAGACCUUCAGAUGCGAAGGCAGAUGAGACCCAAAGCACAGCAUAACAGACAAAGAUGUUUUGAUUAUCAAAGUACAGAUACAACACGAGCAGGCCCACAUGGAGCACAGAAUUCUGACAAAUUUGUGCCAGAAUCAGAUACAUCAGAUUAUAGUUAUAAAGGAGGAGUUGAGGUAACUGCUAAAAGUAAGGAAAAACAGUUAAUAAAAUGUGUGUCUUCUGAAACAGAACCCAUGAAAGCAAAAUAUGCUGCUCAGGUAGCUGAUGACACCUGUCUUUUGAACCAGUGUACUUCUGUAGUAUUAAAUGGAGAAAUACCAACAAAUGAAAUAGUUGUUUCUACAUCAGGGGACCCUUUAGGUGGAGGUGACCUAACAGUACAUCAUUUAGAUGUGGCAGCUUUGAAAGAGGGAGAGCCUGAAUCCUGCAAUGACGUAGAGGAAGAUAAUAUAUUUUUAACACAACGUGAUCCUGAAGAUAUGGAUUUAUGUUCACAAAUGGAGAAAGAGAAUGAUAAACUCAUUGAAGUCGUUCAUGGAAAAGGUACAGUCCAGGCAGAAGAAGAUUCUGUGAGUCGGCCUCAGUUGGAAUCUUUGAGUAGCACAAAAUGUAAGUACAAAGAUUGUGUUGAAACACUGAAAAACCAGGGUGAAUACUGUUCAAAACACUCUGAAGCUAAAGCAGCAGAUGAAGAUAUAUUUCGUAAACCUGGCUUGCCUCCCUCUGCAUCUAAACCUUCGAGACCUCCCACUGCUAAGAUUUUCAGCUCCAGUAGCACUUCACGAAUUGCUGGCCUUUCCAAGUCUUUGGAAAAUACGGCAGCGCUCGUACCAACUCUGAAAAAUAAGUCAAGUGGGGUACAGUCUGUUCCGAAAGUACCACAGCCAGUCUCUCCAGUGUCCAAGAAGCCGGUGGCUGAAGUGAAGGGUUUGUGCAACGUUCUGCAUUCUCAUACUCCAAAUAAUUCCAACAGGCAAGGCUACAAAGUUCCAUUUUGUGAAAACAGAUCUUUUUCGGCUUCCCCUCCAGUAAAUGUUCUCUUGUCAGCACAGUCCAUCUCUGAUACCUUCGUUAAAGAGGUCUUAAAAUGGAAAUACGAGAUGUUUGUGAACUUUGAUCAGUGUGGACCCCCGUCAACUCUUUGUCAGUCCAUCGCAAGACCUGUGCCUGUGAGAUUUCAAGAUGGUGGAGAUUAUUUUGAUGUGUUUUUCCCUUUGAUGAUACUGAAUACUUUUGAAACAGUGGCACAGGAAUGGACCAGCUCUCCAAACAAAGAGAAAUUCCAUCAGUUGCAUUUACGAAAAUUUCCUUCUGAGUAUAAAAAAUACUGGGAGUUUGUGGUUUAUCUUGAGGAAUGUGAACUAGCUAAACAGCUUCAUCCAAAGGAAAAUGAUUUGGUGUUUUUGGUUCCUGAAAGACUAAAUGGAGAGAAGGAGGACAUAGAGAGAAAUCACAUGCAAGAUCCCCAUGAAUAUUACUGUGGUUAUGUUCAUAAAUUCCGCCGCACUUCAGUCAUGCGUAAUGGGAAAUCUGAGUGUUCCGUUUCCAUCCAGACUCAACAUAAUUUACCAGUCAAUUUAAAUGAAUUCGUGAAAUGUCUUGUAAUCAGCUCUCUGGUGACUACACAAAGGAAGUUGAAAGCCAUGUCUUUGCUGAGUGGUCGGAACCAACUGGCCAGAGCCGUUCUGAAUCCAAACCCCAUGGACUUCUGUACAAAAGAUUUACUAACUACAGCAUCUGAGAAAAUUAUUGCCCACCUAAAAGAUUUCAAUGAAGACCAAAAGAAAGCAAUAGAAACUGCAUAUGCCAUGGUGAAACACUCCCCAGCAGUUGCCAAGAUCUGUCUGAUUCAUGGACCACCCGGGACAGGAAAAUCAAAAACCAUUGUGGGCCUCCUGUACCGCCUACUGACAGAGAACCAGAGGAGGGGACGUUCAGAUGAGAACUCCAAUGCCAAAAUCAAACAAAACCGUGUCCUUGUGUGUGCGCCUUCCAAUGCAGCUGUUGAUGAACUUAUGAAAAAAAUUAUCCUUGAAUUCAAAGAGAAGUGUAAAGACAAGAAGAAUCCUUUGGGAAACUGUGGAGAUAUAAAUUUACUCCGUCUAGGUCCAGAAAAGUCUAUUAAUGCUGAGGUCCUAAAAUUCAGUUUGGACAGCCAAGUUAACCGCAGAAUGAAAAAAGACUUACCUUCUCAUGUUCAGGAGAUGCAUAGAAGAAAGGAAUUUCUAGAUCAUCAACUAGAUGAACUUUCCCGCCAGCGUGCUUUAUGCCGAGGUGGAAGGGAACUACAGAGGCAAGAAUUAGAUGAAAAAAUUGCCAGAGUUUCAAAAGAAAGGCAGGAGCUUGCUUCUAAAGUUAAAGAGGUUCAAGGACGCCCACAAAAGACACAGAACAUCAUCAUCUUAGAGUCCCACAUCAUCUGCUGCACACUGAGCACGAGUGGUGGUUUGCUGCUUGAGGCUGCUUUCCGUGGGCAAGGGGGUGUCCCCUUUAGUUGUGUCAUUGUUGAUGAGGCCGGACAGUCUUGUGAAGUUGAAACUCUUACUCCGCUCAUCCAUCGUUGCAACAAGCUCAUCCUCGUAGGAGAUCCUAAGCAGCUCCCUCCCACGGUCAUUUCUGUGAAGGCCCAGGAGUAUGGCUAUGACCAGUCGAUGAUGGCCCGCUUCUACAAACUUCUGGAAGAGAACGUGGAGCACAACGUGAUUGGCAGGCUGCCUAUCUUACAGCUCACCGUUCAGUACAGGAUGCACCCAGACAUAUGUCUCUUCCCUGCUAAUUACGUUUAUAACAGGAACUUGAAAACAAAUAGAAUGACAGAGACCAUUCGGUGUUCAUCUGACUGGCCAUUUCAACCCUACCUCGUGUUUGAUGUUGGAGAUGGUUCAGAAAAGCGGGAUAAUGAUUCAUAUGUAAAUGUUCAAGAAAUAAAACUGGUAAUGGAAAUAAUUAAACUUAUGAAAGACAGAAGAAGGGAUUUUACUUACCGAAACGUUGGCAUAAUAACCCAUUACAAGGCUCAGAAGAUGAUGAUUCAGAAGGAUUUGGACAAAGAGUUUGAUAGAAAAGGGCCAGCAGAAGUAGAUACCGUGGAUGCCUUCCAGGGUCGUCAGAAAGAUUGUGUUAUUGUUACAUGUGUCAGAGCAAAUGCCAUGCAAGGUUCAAUUGGGUUUCUGGCAAGUUUGCAGAGAUUGAAUGUCACCAUCACACGAGCCAAGUACAGCCUCUUCAUCCUGGGACAUUUGAGGACCCUGAUGGAAAACCAUCAUUGGAAUCAGCUGAUUCAGGAUGCGCAGAAGCGUGGUGCCAUUAUUAAGACUUGGGACAAAAACUAUAGACAAGAUGCAGUGAAGAUUCUGAAACUCAAGCCUGUACUGCAGAGAAGUCUGACUCACCCUCCUGCUAUCGCCCCAGAAGUGUCCAGACCCCAGGGCGGAGUGCCCAGCAACAAGCUAGACAGUGAAUUUGCCAAGAUGUCUAUUGCUUCUUCCCUGUACCCCUCACCCUCUGACUCCAAAGAAGCCACUGUCACUGUUACUGCAAAUGACCCUGAAAGGCCACCCAUUCAGGACUGGCUUCGGGACCCACGACUGCUUAGGAGGAUGGGCUUGGGCUGUGAAGCCAAAGGGAAAUGCCUCAGUGAGCUGCAGCCCUCCAGCCCCCAGUAUCCCGGAGCAACGCCUCCCUCUGGAGAGCCAGGCUCCCCUGGAAGUCACCAGGAUCCAACCAGUAUCGGGCAGCAGCCCCCCGCCAAGGGAGCUGCUGUGAACAACCACAGACCUCACGCGCCGUGCGACCCUCCAGCUGUUAGUACCGAUGCUUCCACGAGUAAGAGAAAAUGUGCCCAGGAAGGGGAGGCAGUCAGCCACAGUAGGGAGACCAGGGCCUUCCCUGAGGGGGAUCAGGAGAGGUGUGGCUCUCUGAGCCACCACACAAAGAGGAACUCAGGCUGGGACGAGAGGGGGCUGGAGGAGGAGGACAGUAGCUCGAAGAAGAGGAAGCUUUUAUAG